ACGCUUCACAGGGAGCAGGUAGGGAUCAUCCUGCCUCAAACUCGGAGAAAGAUGCUGUCCCUCUUCAUCAUAAGCAUAGAGAAGAGCCAGAAAUGCUUGAGAAGGAAGAGGGCGAAGCACCCAGGGAAAAUGGAGAGCGGCGGAGCAAUGGGAUUGGAGAAGACCGAAGUACCAAUAGGCAACCUGAUGUGGUGGAUGAUCAUCCAGGCAAAUCUAGGAGCCGAAGCGUGAGUCCUAAGAGGACUAUGAGUAAGAGUAUGAGUAUUAGUCCACGGAGGAGUCUGAGCAAGAGCCCAAGCAUUAGUCCGAGGCGAAAUCUGAGCAGGAGUCCCAGUGAGAGUAGAAGCCCUCCAGUUGCACGGAGGAGUGUGAGCGGAAGUCCUGUUAGGAGUGCCAGCAGUGGUAGCCCAGCUAGGAGUGUUAGCAGAAGUCCAGUGAGGGGUCAAAGGGGCAGAAAAAGUAGGAGCCCAGCUAAGAGUGUGAGCAGAAGUCCUGUUAGGGGCAGAAAGGGCAGAGGCAUUAGCAGGAGUCCGGGGAGAAGUGUUAGCAGAAGUCCAGUGAGAGGUCCAGCAAAAUCAAGGUCCCAAAGAAGCAUUAGCAGGAGUCCAGUAAGGUCAUUGUCACGAAGAAGUUUAAGUAGGAGUCCACCUAGGACAUCAUCAAGAAAAUCAGUCAGUAGAAGUCCUGUAAGAGUAUUGAGGAAAAGCAUGAGCAGGAGUCCUGUGCGCAUUUCAAGAAAAAGCAUUAGCAGAAGUCCAGUUAGAUCAUCUAGAAGAAGCAUUAGCAGAAGCUCGGGUAGGGGUCCUAGGAGAAGCAUUAGCAGAAGCUCUGGUAGGGCUCCUCGGAGAAGUAUAAGCAGAAGCCCAAUUAGGCCACCAAGUAGGAGUACACGGCGUAGCUAUUCGAGGAGUCCCAGUCCUGCACGGCGAGCAAGGUCACCUCCUUCUGAUCGUGGAAGAAGUGUUUCACCUGAUGGAUCUCCGAAGCGCAUCAGAAGAGGGCGGGGGUUUAGUCAGCGUUACUCUUAUGCUCGACGAUACAGAACACCAUCCCCAGAUCGCUCUCCUGUGAGGUCAUAUCGUUAUGGUGGCAGAAGUGAUCGUGACAGGUAUUCAGUUUACCGAAGGUAUUCUCCUAGGCGAUACAGAAGUCCUUUGAGAGGAAGAACACCGCCAAGAUACAGGGGAAGAAGAAGCAGGACAAGGAGUCCAUCUGUGUCACGUAGCCCUCGAUACCGAAGUCGUCGUUAUAGUCGCAGUCCCAGUCCAAUUGGCAGUCGUUCCCCGGUUACAGCAUCUAGACCUCAAGCUUCUCCACGAGAUGAGAGGCGAAGGUCACCUUCGCGGAGUCGGAGCAGGAGCCUAACUGGUUCUGAACCAUCAGGGGAGUCAAAGCCCCCCAAGCGGGCAAGUAAGGCAAGGUCCAGGUCCAGGUCAAGGUCAAGGUCAUCUUCUGGAAGCCUGGGUGGAAAGAAGGGGCUGGUCUCAUAUGAUGAUGGUUCUCCUGACUCAGGCCAACGGUGAAGUAGGUCGCAGCAUGAUAUUAGUGUUGGAUGAGAUUUUAGGUCACACCUCAUGUAUUGGAGUCUUAGUUUCUCAUUUGUCCGGCUUCAUAUUUUCAUAUUUUAUUGUUCUAGUUAGAGUCUUGAGAUUGUGAUGGAAAUAUUUCCCUGGUUUGGUUCAGAUGAGCAUUUGGAGUGUUAUGGGGGUAUAUUUUGAAUAAUCAUUGGACUUGACAGUUUGAUUAUGAUUCUAGUUUUACUUAUGGCAGGCUGUUGGGGCUAUUCUCUCUUCCCAACAAUUAAGGUUCGAGCAUCAA